AUGACCGUUCUCAAGGCAUCUAGAGAAUCUGAAGGGAUCACAGCAAACAACAACACGGUGACCAAGAACCAGGCAUCUGCAACAUCUUCCUUUGAGCCAAGCAGGAACAUGACGACGAGCAGCAGGCUGGGCUGGCCGAGUCAAGCGGCACGGGACACGCCGCGGCAUCACCUCCUUCCAGCCAUCACGCUCCUCGACAACGGGGGCACAUCGAUGAAGGUCUUGGUGGCCGGCAUCGUCUUGGGGACCAACACCUCAAAACCGCCGAGAGCAGUAGACCGCGUCGUCUCGAGAGCAAGCUCAGCCUCGACAUACACGACAUCGGCUGCAUCGGAGGCCCCGGAAAACCCACCGGAAACAAGGCCAUUGGGGGCAGCCAAGAGCAUCAGCGAGGCCAACACCACCACAUUGCCUCCGGCAGCAUCAGGUGCAGCGCAGGUCAUGGCGGCAGCCGACGGUGGUGUCCGUGGGGCCAGCUCCUCUUCAUCUUCAUCCUCGUCGUCGUCAAUAGCGGAAACCCACGAAGCAGGAUCUGGUGCAGCAGCAGUCGCUUACAGAGUCGAAGCAGGCGGUGGGGUCAGGGGAGCCAGCUCCUCUUCGUCUUAG